AUGAAGGAACAAGAGCACAGCAUUAAGGUUACUAAAGACAGAGAUGAGCAAAUUGUACAAAUCAAUCACAUUGACUUCCUUCUUCCACCCAAGUUUGGUGAUUCAAUUAUAGAGAAAGGCAUCAUGCUUUCCUCACUGUUUUCACUUAUGGCAAAGGGUAAUUGGUAUCAAGCUCAAGGGAGUGGUUUCAAGCUACGGGAUGAGGUGUGGAACGUGAAUUUGAGGGAGAUGUUCAAGAUUGAUGCGGCUGACUACAUGAUGUCCAUUUGUGGAAAUGAUGCUCUUAGAGAACUUUCCUCUCCUGGGAAAAGUGGUAGCAUCUUUUUCCUAUCGCAGGAUGACCGCUUCAUGAUUAAGACACUCCGGAAGUCUGAAGUAAAGGUGCUUCUGAAAAUGUUGCCGGACUAUCAUCAUCAUGUGAGGUCAUAUGAGAAUACACUCAUAACAAAAUUCUUUGGUCUUCACAGGAUUAAACCUUCAAGUGGUCAAAAGUUUCGCUUUGUAGUGAUGGGAAAUAUGUUCUGCACAGAAUUAAGGAUCCAUCGAAGGUUUGAUUUGAAAGGGUCAUCUUUAGGACGGUCUACAGACAAUGUUGAGAUUGAUGAGAACACAACACUUAAAGAUUUGGAUCUAGACUACUGCUUCUAUUUUGAACCUUCUUGGCGUGAAGCUUUAUUACAGCAGAUUGAGAUCGAUAGCAAAUUUUUGGAAGCACAGCACAUUAUGGAUUACAGCCUUUUGCUGGGUGUGCAUUAUCGAGCCCCACAACACUUAAGGUCUUUGAUGUCUUACAACCGAGGUAUAACUGCUGAAGGAUUGGGAGUUCUAGCAGAGGAAGAUACCAUAGAAGAUGAAAACUACCCACAAGGUCUUGUCUUGGUUCCUCGUGGAACAGCAGAUGAUAGUGUUGUUGUGGGUCCUCACAUUAGAGGUAGCAGAUUACGAGCAUCAUCUGCUGGUGAUGAGGAAGUGGAUCUCCUCCUUCCUGGCACUGCAAGACUCCAAAUCCAGCUAGGGGUUAAUAUGCCUUCCAGGGCGGAACAGAUUCCCGGGAAAGAGGAAAAGCAGACAUUUCAUGAAGCAUAUGAUGUUGUUCUGUACCUAGGCGUCAUUGAUAUCUUGCAAGAAUACAACAUGAGUAAGAAGAUUGAGCAUGCAUACAAAUCUCUUCAAUUUGAUUCCUUGUCUAUCUCGGCAGUAGAUCCAACAUUCUAUUCCAGACGCUUUCUAGAGUUCAUUCAAAAGGUGUUCCCUCCUAAUGUCAAUACAAGCUGA